UGGAGAUAUAUCAGUCCUGAUUCCUCACACCUCUGCUCUUUUGGAAGAAAAACAGAAAAUGACCAAGUCUCAUGGUCCAUUGUCAUUUGAGGAUGUGGCUGUAGCUUUCACCAAGGAGGAGUGGCAGCAACUGGAUCCUGCUCAGAGGACCCUAUACAGAGAUGUGAUGCUGGAGAACUUCAGCCACCUGGUCUCAUUGGGACAUCCAGUUUCCAAACCAGAUGUCAUCUCAAAGUUGGAACAAGGAGAAGAGCCAUGGAUCAUAAAGAGAGACAUACCAAAUUGGAUCUAUCCAGAGAGGGAGAAUAGACUCGAAAAUCCUCAAUUGGAUAUGCUUGGAGGUGUUUCCUUCCAUAAGGAGAUAUUGGAAAGUGUAACAAGAGAUUGUUCAUUGUACUCCAUUUUUAAGGUCUGGCAGGAUGAUGACCAGGUGGAGAGAGAUCAGGAAAAUCAAAACAGACUUCUCAGGCAAGUCAUGGCCAUCAAACAUAAAACAGUUGUUGAAGAGUCUGGCUAUUCAUUUAAGGCAUUAGGAAAACUAUUUCAUGACUACACAGACCUAGAUGCUUCAAAACAAAGACUGUGUAAAUGUAACUCAUUUGAAAAGAGCUUGGAACCUAAUAUAAAGUUAUUUCAUUGUACUAGGGGUUAUGCAAGAAAAAACACUGAUGAGAAUUUUGGAUGUGGGAGUACACUUAUUUCUUCCUAUUCUAAACAUGAAAAAAAUCAGAAUGGGGUGAAACCCUGUGAAGGUAGUCAAUGUGGAAAAAUUAUCAGCAAUAAACAAUCUCUUAUUCAAAAUGUGAAUAAUGAAACUGGAGAGAAGACCUGUGUAUGCAUUGAAUGUGGAAAAUCUUUUCUAAAAAAGUCACAACUCCUAAUACAUCAACGAAUUCAUACUGGAGAGAAACCAUAUGAUUGUGGUACAUGUGGGAAAGCCUUCAGUGAGAAGUCACAUCUCAUUGUACAUCAGAGAACUCAUACUGGGGAGAAACCUUAUGAAUGUUCUGAAUGUGGAAAAGCUUUCUCUCAGAAAUCAUCCCUCAUUAUACAUCAGAGAGUUUACUCUGGAGAAAAACCAUAUGAAUGUAGUGACUGUGGGAAAGCCUUCUGUGAGAAGUCACCCCUCAUUAUACAUCACAGAAUUCACACUGGAGAGAAACCUUAUGAAUGUAAUCAAUGUGGGAAGGCCUUCUCCCAGAAGUCAAAGCUGGUUAUACAUCAUAGAGCUCAUACUGGAGAGAAGCCAUAUGAAUGUACUGAAUGUGGGAAAGCCUUCUGUGAGAAGUCCCACCUCAUUAUACAUAAAAGAAUUCACACUGGGGAGAAACCUUACAAAUGUGCUCAGUGUGAGGAAGCCUUCAGCAGAAAGUCAGAACUCAUUAUACAUCAGAUAAUUCAUACUGGGGAGAAACCUUAUGAAUGUACUGAAUGUGGGAAGACCUUCUCCCGGAAGUCACAGCUCAUCAUACAUCAGAGAACGCAUACUGGAGAGAAACCUUAUAAAUGCAGUGAAUGUGGAAAAGCCUUCUGUCAGCAGUCACACCUCAUUGGACAUCAGAGAAUUCACACAGGAGAAAAACCUUAUGUAUGUAGUGAAUGUGGAAAAGUCUUCUCUCAGAAGUCCCACCUCCCAGGGCAUCAGCGCAUUCAUACAUGAGAGAAACCAUAUGUAUGUGCUGAAUGUGGAAAGGCCUUUUCCCAGAAGUCAGACCUUGUUGUACAUCGGAGAAUUCAUACUGGGGAGAAACCCUAUCGGUGUGCUGUAUGUGGGAAAGCAUUCAUUCAGAAGUCACAACUCACUGUACAUCAGAGAAUUCAUACAGUGGUAAAAUCAUAAGAAUGGGCUAAGCCCAGAAAAGUCUAAGGUAUCUGCACAAGCCUUAAUAAAUAAUACAAAGCUCAUGGGUUUCAUUAGUUUGAUGGCAUCUUUACUGAUAAAAUUUCACAAGCAAAAUAAAGUUCCUAAUGUGUUUAAUUUUUUUAUCAGAGAUAAUACAGACAUCUCAGUUAUAUAAAGAAUGGGCAUUUUCAUUAUGGGAUGGAUGUAAGACUUUUGAGAUUUGAACUGAAUGAUAAAUAUAACAAGUUACAAAUAUAGCUUAUUUUGAAAUUAGAUAUUUAUGAUUAUGUUACAUAAUAGGAAUUG